GGGGGGGGGGGGGGACACUGGGCGCGUUUUCCAGGGCCGCGGCCAGGCAGGGGUGGGGGUCCCCGGGGUGACCCCGUCGGGGGGUCCGAGCCCCGCUGAGUCGCCCUCGGGGUCCGCCCUGGUUGGAAGGAUCGCGCCGGCGCCGCCAGCUCGACGAGAAGCGAUUGUCGUCCCCCCCCCGUGACCGUCCCCGUCCUCGUCAUCGCCGCCGUCGCCAUUAAACCCCCCCCCCCCCGUUCGUUCAAACGGUCCCACGAAAGGCUCGCCCGCUCCGACCCCCAGCCCCCUCGGUGGGAGAACAAAGCCGCCCGCCGCCGCCCCUCCCCGGCUCGGCUUCCCAAGUCGCCGGGUUUGGGGCUGGAGAGGGAAAACGGAGAGGCGGUCGGGGGGGGGGGGGGAGUAGCCACAGCGCAGCCCUUCACCUCCGGGAGCACCGGGGGUGGGGGGGAGAGGGUCCCCGGCUUCCGCCGCGGGAGGACGCCUUGGCGAUUAACCCGAGGCUCCGGCGUGUCCGGAGAAGGUGGACUUCCCGGGCAGAACGAAUUCAAAGGCCCGAGGGGGCCCGGGGAGGGGGGAGCCCACCAGGGCCGGCUCCCUCCCCUGCUCUUCCCUGCCCCACCUUCCCUUCUGCCUUGUCCGGCGCUGCAAAACGGUGCGAGAGUUUCCCCCACCUGCCGGGCAAACCCUGGAGAAAUCGGGGAUCGCCGGCUGCAAAGACGGCGCAGGACCUCGCGGCUCGCUAAGUAACUGCCGGCCUCUCGGCGAGGCCCGGGGAAAAGCCAGCGCCGGGGUCCUACCUUGAUCCCUCCGCAGAGGUCCUCACCAGACGGCCCCGGUCCCUCUAAAUAUGCCCCAGGAUGACGGAGCGGCCGCCCGGCGAGGCGGCACGCAGUGACCCGCCGCUGGAGGGCCAGGACGCGGCCGAGGCCCGCAUGGCCCCCCCGCACCUCGUCCUGCUCAACGGCGUCGCCAAGGAGACGAGCCGCGGCGCCGCCGCCCCGGCCGAGCCCCCAGUCAUCGAGCUGGGAGCGCGCGGCGGCGCGGGGGGCGGCCCCGCCGGCGGGGGCGGGGCCGCCAGGGACUUAAAGGGCCGCGACGCGGCGGCAGCCGAAGCGCGCCACCGGGUGCCCACCACGGAGCUCUGCAGACCUCCCGGACCCGCCCCGGCGCCCGCGCCCGCCUCGGCCCCGGCGGAGCUGCCCGGAGACGGCCGCAUGGUGCAGCUGAGCCCGCCCGCGCUGGCCGCCCCCGCCGGCCCCGGCCGAGCGCUGCUCUACAGCCUCAGCCAGCCGCUGGCCUCGCUAGGCAGUGGGUUUUUCGGGGAGCCGGAUGCCUUCCCUAUGUUCAACAACAACCGGGUGAAGAGGAGGCCCUCCCCGUAUGAGAUGGAGAUUACCGAUGGCCCUCAUACCAAAGUAGUGCGGCGUAUCUUCACCAACAGCCGGGAGCGCUGGCGGCAGCAGAACGUGAAUGGGGCAUUCGCCGAGCUCCGGAAGCUGAUCCCCACGCACCCACCAGACAAGAAGCUAAGCAAAAACGAGAUCCUGCGCCUCGCCAUGAAGUACAUCAAUUUCUUGGCCAAGUUGCUCAAUGACCAGGAGGAGGAAGGAACCCAACGUGCCAAGCCUGGCAAGGACCCCGUGGUGGGAGCUGGUGGGGGUGGGGCAGGGGGCGGCCUACCCCCUGAAGACCUUCUACAGGACGCGCUUUCCCCCAAUUCCAGCUGCGGCAGCUCUCUGGAUGGGGCAGCCAGCCCGGACAGUUACACAGAGGAGCCAACCCCCAAGCACACGGCCCGCAGCCUCCAUCCUGCCCUACUGCCUGCUGCAGAUGGGGCUGGUCCCCGGUGAUGUAUCUGGGGCUGCCCAGAGCCGGCAGACAGGGGCUUUUAGGUCCCCGGGUUGCUUGGCUUCAGGGCAGAUGGGAUGAGAAGCAGGGCAAUGGACUUGAUAAACUUCCCUUAUAAUCUGAACUUUGGGAAGUCCCAACUGACCCUGGCCAGGCGUUUCUGUUUCCUGCCCGGAGACGGAAAAGGAAAACGAAGUUAAGUAGUAGGUACUUUAUCCGAAGAUGGCACGGUCCUCUCCCUCUCCCAUCCCCCGCGACGUCCCAGUUAUGAGGCUCAAGUGUCAAUGUUUUUGGUCUAGAGUUUGUGAAACUUGGUUUAGAUAAGAUCUGGGGUUGUUACCUGUUACCUGAGGCAUCCCUAGGCCUCUGCCUUGCCUUUAGCCCAUCCCGAGCUGGCUGGGGUGGCUUUUGUGGCAGCUUCUGUUCAAAUAUAUAGGUACCCAAGAGCUGCCCAUUUCUUGAGCCCCAUCUUCAUCCAGGUCCGUGUUGGUCCAUCCAGCUUGCCAGCUGCUGCGGAGAGUCAAGCCUCGAGGUGCCUUCUUCAGGGCCUGGUUGGAAAAGAUGGCCAGUGAAUAGACAGCCUGCUCUCAACUAGCUGGGCCAGAAAACCCAACAGCCCUUCUUGCCCCAGGGAACCAGAGCUCUGCUUUCUCCCCGCUGAGACUUGCCUUUCUAUCCUGUGGCUGUGAGGACCAAGUCAGCAGCCCUGAGCAUGCUCUGUUAGGCUGUGUGCAGGCACAGAAAGGGAAAGUGACAUUAGGGUGAAACAAAGCAACAGUGUUUGGGGCUCUGGGUUUCACCUCCUGCACGUCACUGUCUGUGCAAGAGAGCAAAUGAUGGUGGGCUGACGCAUUGCAUGCUGGUGCUGGGGCUACGCAGCCCACGGGCUUCCCCAGGGAGCUGAAAGGGAAGCUUUCUUUUGCAAGAUGUCUCUUGGCUGAUGGUCUGGACUUCCAAACGGAGUACAAACUGUCUUGUAAAUACUCUGUUUGGGAUUUUGCUUGACCAGUUUUUGGUGGCAACUUUACGCCAUGAACAACCCAAGAUGCAGCCCGCUGCUAGGGCAAGGAGUCCAGUCACAGGCAAGGCCCUGGCUGAGACCUGGGCCCGCAUAUUUGCUCAGCUUAACUUUUAAGUACGCCCCUGUCUCCCAAAGUGCAGGCCCUACAUGUGUGCACGCUAGGUUGAUUUAACGCGAUGUGAGUGGCCCCCUCUGAAAGCUGUACAUGAAAUUUUUGUAAAGCAAAUCCUCCUUCUCUGUCUCUUAAAGAAAUAACCCCUGCGAGUCAUUUUUGUAAAGUGGAGAAGUCUUUUUGUCGUGCGGACAGCUCCCCCCUGGUUUCUCUUCUGCGUCGAACCAGCCGGUGGGACCGAUUUUUCGUAAAGCUGGGCCUGCCUAUAGUGAAGUUCAAGCUCACGGAACAAACUGCACAGAAGUCCCAUGUCUCGGUCAUUGCAUCGGUGUCACCAGCUCGUACUCUCUUCCUCCAGGCUUUGCCUUUGAGCCACAGGGAAAGCUCCAUCAUGUGAUGUAAGAGCCCAUCACUUCUCUGUUUGAGUUUCAGCACUAUGAUGUUGCCUGAGUGUAGACUUAGGCAGACAGAGAUGGCUCCUGGUCCUCUCCCUAUCUUCCUAUUAAGUGCUGAGGUUCCCCCAGGUAUAGGAACAAUUAUGGUCAGCUGCUGAGGCACUGUGAUUCUUGUCUCAUCACAUUGUGCUAUCACAUAUAUUACCAUGAGCAUUAAGGUUGGUUCCUAAGCAUCGCUUGGGUGUCAGUCCAAGGACUCAGACCCAUGAGAAAAACGGAACAAUUGUCCUGGGCACUAAGCUUGUUUUUUGCUUCUCAGUGGAGUAAUGACCUGGGAAUGAAAAAUGUGGAUCUUGUCGGUGGGUUUCAUGAGAGGUAUCACACAUUUGCCGGGAGCUUAAGCUGUGGUUCCCUUUCUCAGCGUUACAGCCUCGCUGGGCAUUCCGGGUUCAGUGCCUAGCGCAGACGCAAGAGAAGCUGCAUUUCCUUUGGUGGUGACCCUGCUGUGAGGUUCCGGCCAGAGUUCAGGCCCUGGGCAGUUGAUAUUUGUGUAAUUUAGGUAAUAAAAUACUUUCCCUUGAGCUAUCUAGAU